GCAGGCUUAUUCAUUCACAAUAUAAUUUCAUCACGGGCUUAGGAAAUCAACGGCUCAGAUCGAUCCUCAAUUUCGCAUUAGGGCAGUGAGGAAGAUAACAUCUCUGAAUACAAGGGAACAAUUUUUUCCUGUGAUUCACCCGUCAUCUCGGCUCGGCGCUGAGACUAGAAAAGAGGCAAUUUUGGGCAUUCUGAUCGGCUGUUGAAUCCGAUUGUUCUGAGGGUUUUACUCUAAUCAUUCGAUCGGCUGACGAAACAGCGUAAUCGGUGGUCCUUUGCGUUUUCGUGCCCUUCGAAGGGUUUUAGGUCGGGAAAGAUCACUAUAUGCAACUAAUCUCCUUCUGCGGUUUUACAUCGUCUGCAGAUUUAGGGUUUUCUGAAUUUUACCCGGGUUUAUCAACAUGGCGACUUUUGCAAAGCCAGAGAAUGCUCUCAAGAGGGCCGAAGAGUUGAUGAAUGUUGGCCAGAAGCAGGCAGCAUUACAAGCUCUUCAUGAUUUGAUAACAUCAAAGAGGUACAGAGCAUGGCAGAAGACACUGGAGAAGAUAAUGUUUAAAUAUGUUGAACUUUGUGUUGACAUGAGGCGUGGAAGAUUUGCAAAAGAUGGUCUUAUUCAGUAUCGUAUCGUUUGUCAGCAAGUUAACGUCAGCUCAUUAGAGGAAGUUAUAAAGUAUUUCCUGCAACUGUCUAGUGAGAGAGCUGAACAGGCUCAAGCUCAGGCUCAAGCCUCUGAAAUUGCUCUUGAUGUUGAGGACUUGGAAGCAGAGAAGAGGCCAGAAGAUUUGAUGCUUAGCUUUGUCAGUGGUGAAAAAGGGAAAGACAGGUCUGAUAGGGAGCUUGUCACUCCUUGGUUUAAGUUUCUUUGGGAAACCUACAGAACAGUGCUUGAAAUACUACGCAACAAUUCUAAAUUGGAAGCUUUGUAUGCGAUGACUGCACAUAGAGCCUUCCAGUUCUGUCUGCAAUAUAAGCGUACGACAGAGUUUCGUCGGCUUUGUGAAAUAAUUCGAAACCAUUUAAGCAAUUUGAAUAAGUACAGAGAUCAAAGGGAUAGACCAGAUCUAUCUUUGCCUGAGAGUUUGCAGCUUUAUCUUGACACAAGGUUUGAACAACUCAAGAUCGCAACUGAGCUUGAACUCUGGCAGGAGGCCUUCCGUUCUAUAGAGGACAUUCAUGGUCUUAUGUGCAUGGUAAAGAAGACUCCUAAGCCACAAAUGAUGGCAAUUUACUACUCAAAGUUGACAAAGAUAUUCUGGGUAUCUGAAAGUCAACUUUAUCAUGCCUAUGCAUGGUACAAGCUUUAUGUUCUCCAGAAAAGCUACAAUAAAAACCUCACCCAGAAGGACUUGCAGCUGAUGGCAUCAUCUGUACUGUUAGCUGCUAUUUCUGUUACACCCUAUGAUCACAGGCAUGGGGCUCCUCAUUUUGAAAUUGAGAAUGAGAAGGAAAGGAGCUUAAAGAUGGCUAGCCUUUUGGGGUUUAGUUUGGAUCCCAAAAGAGAUGCUCGAGAAGUGCUGUCGCGAUCAGCACUGCUUUCAGAAUUGGUGUCCAAAGGUGUGAUGACUUACGUACCACAAGAAGUUAAAGAUCUAUACCAUCUCUUGGAAAAUGAUUUCCACCCACUGGAUCUUGCCGAAAAAGCUCAGCCCCUUCUAGGAAAACUCACAAAACUCAGUGACAAAUUGUCAUCGGCUUCUCCUGUUCCAGAAGUACAGUUGGAACAAUAUAUUCCUUCAUUGGAAAGGCUAACCACAUUGAGGGUGUUGCAGCAGGUGUCUCAAGUAUAUCAAACUAUGAAAAUUGGAAACUUAACAAGAAUGAUACCAUUUUUUGACUUCUCUAUUGUUGAAAAGCUCAGUGUGGAUGCUGUUAAGUACAAUUUUGUGCAGAUGAAGAUUGAUCAUUUAAAGGGAAUUGUACAGUUUGGCAGCCAGGACCUUGAAUCAGACAAGAUUCGAAAUCAUUUGACUAUUCUUGCAAAGCGUUUAAACAAAGCUAGAAGUCUUAUACAACCUCCAAUCACUGAGAAAGUGACAAAAGUAGCUCUACCUGCACCUAUAUUACUUGAGACAAUAGAGAAAGAGCACAGGAAGCUUCUUGCUCGCAAAGUUUUGAUUGAGAGGCGCAAGGAGGAGCAAGAGCGCCAAAUGCUUGAAAUGGAACGAGAAGAAGAGUCCAAGAGAUUGAAGCAACAAAGAAUAACAGAAGAAGCAGAAGCAAAAAGGCUUGCGUCUGAAUAUACAAAACGUGAAGAGCAGAGAAUCCGGAGAGAGAUAGAAGAGAAAGAAUUGGAAGAAGCACAGGCUUUGCUUCAAGAGGCUGAGAGAAGGAAAGGGAAAAAGGGGAAGAAGCCUGCUAUUGAGGGUGAGAAGGUAACAAAGCAGAUCCUCAUCGAACAGGCUUUGAAUGAGCAACUUAAGGAAAGACAGGAAAUGGAACGCAAGUUUCAAAAGCUAGCUAAAACUAUGGAUCACCUGGAAAGGGCAAAAAGAGAAGAAGAAGCCCCUCUUAUUUUGGCAAAAUAUAAAGAGCAUUUGGUUGAUGAUGAAAUAUUCUUUGAGCGACAACAAAAGCAAGCAAUUGAACAAAGCAGAGAACAACAUGCUGCAGACCUUAUAGAGAAAAACAGGCUCAUCAGAAUGUUAAAUGAUAAGAAUACUUUCCAGAUUCAAGUAGUCAGCCGUCGCCAAGGUGAGUUUGAGAGGCUGAAGCGAGAGAGGGAAGAGAGACUUGCAGAGCUAAGAGCAAAUCGAAAACUUGAUAGGGAGAUGCGUAGAAAGAUGGAAUAUUAUAAAAGGCAGGAGGAGGCAAGGUUAAUUAAACUCAAAGAAGAGGAAGAAGCUCGUAAGCACGAGGAGGAGGAAAGAAGGCGCAAAGAAGAUGCUGAAAGGAAAGCAAAACUGGAUGAAAUUGCAGCAAAACAAAGGAUGCGUGAACAGGAACUGGAGGAAAAGGAGAGGCUACGAAAAGAGGCGCUGAAAGAGGAUCCAAGGAUUACAAAACAGUUGGAGGCAAAACCAGGAAAGUUUGUUCCUCGUCACUUACGAAAUAAGAUGUCCGAGUCAGCUGGUGCUGAAGUAGAUAAUGAGGCUUGGCGUCAAGAUGAUCGGGCAUCUCAUGAUGAUAGGAAAUCAUUGGUCUCUGAAGAUCGCAAGCCAUCUUUUGGUUCUGGUCAGGGGUUAGCUGGCAAAGAUGAUGAACAUCGUAUGCAUGUGGACCAUGCUGGAGAUGUAAAUCCUUCAUCUGGUUCCAAGUAUGCACCGUCUUGGCGGGCUAAUGAUCGCCCUGAGCCUGCAAGAGCUUCUUUGGGUCGAUAUGAUCCUCCUGGUAGGCGUGAGCUUCCACCUGGAUCUGGACGUCCUAAAUAUGGUGGUUUUGGAAAUAGGGAUGAUCGUAGGGGAGGAGGUUCAGACCAACGUGUGGAGCGCACACGGGAUGAAGAUCGUUCUGCAGGUACUGGUACGUGGAGGAGGCCAUCCAAACCAGUUGAGGGACAUGCUACAUAAAAACUUAAGGCUGUGCCAUUACUGCUAGUAUAGCACAGCAGCAAUAUAGGCUAGGAUUUUUGUUGCCCAGCCUGGCAUAGAGUUUGAAAAGAUCAGUCAGGCCUGUUGUCAAGGAAUGAAUUUGGCACAGUACUGUUACUUUUGAGUGAUAUGGAAAUGAAAUAUUCAAUUUUGGGCUGUAAACCUGGUAAGUUAUGGCGUGGACAGACAAUUUGCCUAUUGAGUAAUGUAGAAAUAGUGAACUGGCUUAGAUUUCUUGUUUUGGUCUGUUUCUAGUCAUAGUUUUUGUAUUGCUUUUGACAUUCAACAGUUGAAUCUUGUAUAUUUUAUGUUUCAAUAAGGGAACACAUUUCUGGUA